CCAAGAUGGCGUCGGACUUGUAAACUUCGUGUAUGUAUGCGUGUUCACCUUUCGCGCGGCGUCGGACACUUAAAAACAUGAAUUAUUGACUUGGAAUUGGUAAAUUUCUUGCCGCCAAUCUUGUUUAAGAUAUUGGCUUCUUAUGUCCUUCAUUCAGAGUCUUGGAUCUCGUAAAUCUAUCUUCGAUAAUUCGGAAUUCUAGAGAUUAAUUUUUUCUUCAACGCAGUGAAUAGACGCCAUAAUUAGAUAUUGACUGCAGCAGGUGAACUUGUUCGCCUUUUGUAUUAUCCUUGUUCUUUUUUAAAGUAAUUUACAGAUUAAUUAUUUUGCUCUACACAACAUCCAAAACUUGACGAAUACGUAACAUCUGUGUAUACGUAAAUAAAUGUUUUAAAGUUGAAACUACAAAAAGAUAUUCAAGGUAGCAAUGUGGCUAUUUUACUUGUAGUUAUGAGAUUGAGUUAAAUUUAUACUAGGUAUUUUAGCAUGAACUGAAGUCUAUCAAAACAUAUUUUUGUGUACGUAGCUACACAAAGCAGCAAUUUUAAAUUGUAAGUUUUACUGAAAUCAGUAUACAAGUCAUUAUUCCUUCAAAGCAAUUUCAGAAUUUUGAUACCUGUAAAUAACAUUUUCAAGAUCUACCAACGAGCUAAUUCAAAGAGUUUUGAAGUGAUUUUGACAAAAAUCAAUGGUGCCUAACUGAUUAAAAUGUUUAACUACAUUUGGUCAUUGAUUAGCUGGUACCUAAGACCUUUUGUGAAAUGGAUUUUACAUCACACAACCCAUAUGUGUGAGUUGCAAAGGAUAUGUUAUGGAGAACGUACUGGUGCACCUCGCACGUUUGGUGUAGAAAAUUCACUCAGGCUUUCUAAGAAUCUAGAUAUUAAAUCUUUACUUUCCUACUUGGAUGAUGUAACAGCUCACAAGGGUAUAACUGCAAGAAGUGAGCGAGGUAUAUUAGAAGAAACUAUUAGAACCGUAUUAAUAGCUAAGAAAAUAAAUCCCACAGCACAUCCUGACUUUGCAAAGUUAUUUGGUAAGUGUGUUGAGUUAAUUUGGGGUUAUAGACAAUUAUGUGUAGAAUGUGAGGAAUUGAGACAGACACCCUACGAUUCUGAUAAUCCGUCUCAUGAGAGCUUGCUGUUGAAAUUUUGGAACCUUUUAAUGCCUUUCGAACAACUCGAAGCAAGAAUAACAAAACAAUGGCAGGAUAUAGGUUUUCAAGGUGAUGAUCCAAAGACUGAUUUUAGAGGCAUGGGCAUUUUAGGAUUGGAGAAUCUUGUUUAUUUUGCCCAAGAGUAUCCUACGGCAGCAACACAUGUCUUGUCACAUUCUAUGCAUCCACGGUAUGGUUAUGCUUUUGCUAUUGUUGGUAUUAAUCUAACAAGCAUGGCAUUGCGAUUACUGAAAGAUGGAUCAGCCAAAUCACAUAUGUAUAAUUCAUUAAAAACUCUACCAUCAAUUAGUGCCUUUCAUCAGUUUUAUUGUUAUUUAUUCUACGAAUUUGAUGGAUUUUGGAUUGAAUCCAAACCUAGUAAUAUUAUGGAAUUUUCUUCUAUUCAAGAGAAAUUUGAAAACAACAUCAGAGUGGCUCUUGCCAACCCUUCUACAGUUUUUAGGAUAAAUUUAUCUGUAGACAAUAUUUAGCAUAAGUGU